GUAGUUCAUUACAUAAUGCCUAACUGGUUGGCAUCGGUUAAGUGGAACAACUCGAUAGCGCUAGUCAGAAAGGCUUCAGUUGGACGACUACGUACCAUUAGUGUUCAAUAUGGCGAUAGUAACGGUUAUCUUGAUUGUUUCGUGCUUUUCAGCUUGCUUUGCGAAAGACGGCGACAGCAAUGUUGGUCCUGGGGAAAUCAAUGCAGCGCUAGAAAAUCUGGAGAUGCACUACAGUGACCAUCUGUGUCACGAUAUCCGAGAUCUUAAUUGUGCCCGUCAUCAGGUUAUGCAUGACGAACAAAUCUGUGGCACCGAUGGAAUUACAUACAGUGACCAUUGCCACUUUGCAAAAGAAAGAUGUCGCCACAUUUUACGCCAGUUGACGCCUGUAAAUGUCGCCUUUCACGGAGCAUGCAACACAGACGCCGUGCAUUCCACUGUAACGCUAGAAGUGACAACCACACACACACAGACGCAUGCUUCUGUACAACAGAUUUCCACUCCAUCUACGAAUGUCGCAUCAACGUCUGCCGCGGUCACUUCCCUGACGACUACGUUGACUUUGAAUCAAAUAUUCGCCAACGCGUUCUGCCAGCAGGCUUCAUACGUUACGUGCUCCAGCGACCUCGAAGUACAGUGUGGCUCAGACGGCCAACUGUACCCAAACAGAUGCGAACUUGCCAAGGCCAAAUGCACCAUGCCGACCCUAGACGUGGUUGACAUCUCGAGAUGCCUGUGAUAGGUCACAUUCAAACCACACGCACCGAGUCAAACUAUGGGAAACUUGAUUGCGAGAGUAAUCACAAUUUGGAAUGAAAGCAAGCAAAUAAAAGCAGCGUUAUAAA